AUGUGAUGUUAAGAUGUCCCUGGGGAGGAGAGGUGGAACGUCACUCCUAUGACAGGUGGAACGUGACAAACACUGGAGCAGAGAAAAAGAGCAACAGGUUCCUGUGGCUCCUCUCCUCGGACCCCCGCGAGCAAACCGCCAGCUCUCCAUUGCAUUCUGGAUUUCUGCUCACUUGGCUUUUGCUCAGUGUCUCAGGUGCAGCUAGGUUCUAGGGCCCCUUGGAGAAACCGUGAAGAGUUCCAGUCUUGUACCAUGACUCCAAGAAACAAAAUGAGAUCGAGUUCAGCACUGGGAAGGUUAGAGACCUCUGAGGACUGGAGCAUCCUGAAUGCAGCUGCAGUUGUUGCUGAGUCAGUGGUUCCUCGGGCUCCAUCCUGUCUGGCUGGGCUGAGGUCACAGAAGGCAGAAACUCAGAGACCAGCCCCUCCAGACUGGCUGCUGAAGGAGUACCUGAAAGGGCAAAGGAUGAGAAGCCAUUCUGUAGACAUGGAAGACGUAGCCCAGGGGAAAACUCCACCACCUCACGCGGACCUGACCAGGAGCCUGAGGAGAGGAAAGAUUGAACAUCAAGUGACCCUGGAAGAUCUGAAAAAACUAAACAUAGCCUUUCAGGAAUUUGAAAAAAGAGGCCGAAAGUUCUUGGACACGGACACGUUCAUAUGGAUAAUGAAGAAGUGUGUGAAGUCACCUAACAAAAGUAAUGAGCAAAUAGAACAACUUUUCAUGAAAAUAGAUUAUGCGGCAACUGGUGGAAUUCGGUGGGAUGACUUCUGUACCUACCUACAGCUAGAGUAUUCAGAACAGUCUGGCUUAUUGGCCCGGCAGAAAGAGGUUUACUUUGCCAUGCCUGCAUUGUCCCAGGGGCUAUCUCACAGUGGGCCUGUCCUUCGAAUUUUCUCUCUGCCUGAUGAUACUUUAAUCAUGAUGGGAGAACAUGGAGUCAUUUCUUUCUGGUCGCCACAGCUGACAUUGAAAAGAAGAAAGCUGGUUUUCGACAAAGCCAUUAACCGGAAAUCUAAGUGGGUGACGGAUUUUAUAAGCAUGCCACAGUAUAACAAACUGCUCGUUGGGACUGGAGAUCGUGAAAUCCAGCUGUAUGAACUCUCCAAUAUGGAGCCUUAUUGUCAGAUUGGCAGCUUGGAUAGCAUACCUCUGAAACUAGACUACUGUUACGUGGAUCCCGACAAAUGCUUGAUUUUGUAUGGCGAUGACCAGGGAUGCGUGAACAUUCUGUUUUUGGCUUCUGUGGGAGAGCUAUUAAGAACCUGGAAGAAGCUGCCUCCAGUAGAAAACAUGCCAACUGUUAGAAUUGGCAGUGCAUUGUGUUCUCCCAAUGUCAAAUAUGUUCGUUGGAAAGUACACGAAGACUGGGUGACUCAGUUGAACUACUAUGAUUCCAUUCAACUCGUCAUUUCUGCCUCUAUCCACGAGCCUACUGCUCUAGUAAUAGUGAUUCACCCCUACAGCAGCCUGCUGCCCCACAAGCUUAGGAACUAG